AUGUCUUCUUACAAGACAAUUCUCCCCGAUCCUGUUCUGUUCCAAGCCUUCACCCCGAGAAUCUUCAACAUCAGGGCAGUUGGCCAGCUGAACGGGGAUCUGAACACCUUGGAUGCCGAGUACAACAAGUUGUCGGACCAUGUGGCGAAAGGCGAAAGGGAUCAGCAUAGCCAGGAGUGCACACGAGUUGCGCAGAAUGAAGCCAAGAUUCGGACUGCGAAGAAGCAUUUCCAGAAGAAUGCCAAGAAGGUCGCAUCGGAAAAUCUGCAAAGCGCUUUGCAGCAAAAGUGGGCGAUGGCCAGCUGUGUCAGCCAGAUUUUGACGGCGAAGGCAGUGGCAGAAGACUUGGGCAGUGAGAGGGCUGCCCGCAGUGGUGUCAAAAGUUGGGCCAAAUGUGGCCUGACGAACUCUGAGAGGGAUGUUCAGCAAACUAUAAAGCGACAGAAAAGCAAGUUAGACAUUCCAGUUUCCAUGGCGACAUGUGACGGAGUUCAGAUCCCUUGGAUUUCCCCAGAGUCCUGGCUUCAGUUUAUCGUUGACAAAGGACUAUGGCCUGUAAUGUCUGGACGGGAUCGGUUUGACCAUGCUGGGGCCCGAUGCAACUGGAUGGAGUUUUGGCGACAGUACCGCAAAAUCUAUCCAACUUUUCAGCUCUUUGACAUGGCGGACAACAACCCAGAGAUCGACCUCAGUCGCACUGCUGGCUUUCUCAUUCAUGGUGAUGAAGGCAGGACCUUGAAACGAAAUGGAUUGAUGGUAACUUCACUGCAGUCUGCCCUAGGAAAGGGAUAUGAUGAGAAGCGGGUUGCGAAGCAUGGUGGUGCUCCUGCUCUUCAAGUGAACUUUGCAGGGCAUUCUUUCACAACGCGACAUGUGGUGAGCUGCAUUCCAAAAACAUGCUACGAGACGCAGCCAGAGGUGUUCCAUUCCGCCCUGGAUCAUGUUGCAAAGUCAUGCUCCAAGAUCCUUCUUGAAGGGUACAAGGACCAGGCAACAGGUGAGACCUUCAGAGUUGCGAUUAUUGGAGUUAAGGGAGAUGCCCCUUACUUGCAGAAAGUUGCACAUUUCUACAGGUCUUACAACACGGUAGCAAAACGUGGAGAGGAGCGUGGCCCGCCCAAGGGCUGUUGUCCUUACUGUUUGGCUGGGACCCGUUUGUGUGCUGCUGAAGAGAUUGCAAGUGACAGGCCAAAGUGGCUCGAAACGGUGGCAGUCAAGCUGCCUUGGGUGAGGGAACCCUCCCUUAUCCACCAUUUGCCGCAUGAUCCUGCCGAUCCAGCAAGCUUCUUCAAGUCUGACAUCUGGCAUGUGGUGCAUCUUGGCUUUGGCCGCUCCUGGGUAGCCAGUGUGAUUCAGCUCUGCCUUGCAUACUUGCCUUGUGCGAACCUGGAGGAGAAGUGGGAACAUUUGACUUCAGAAUAUCUUGGCUGGUGCCGCCGCAACCACAAGCAAGCCCAUGUCAGUCGCAUUACCGCUUACAUGAUGAGCUAUGGUGAUGCCAGUGGUGCGAUGGGAUGUUGGCAUAAAGGUGGCCUCACAUCCAACCUGAUGCUGUGGCUUGUGGACCUCCUUGGGAAGAUCCCAGCUGACCCUGACGGUCAUCUUGUUCAAUGUCGAGCUGCCACUUACCGCUUGAAUUCCAUGUUCGCAUUGCUGUACAAAGCCGGAGUUUUUUUGAACGAGCAGGAGUGCAAAUUUGUCUCUGACCAGGGGUUAGAAUUUCUCAAAGUGUAUUCACGGAUGGCUCUGAUUAGUUUUCGCGCCAGUCAGCAAUGGCGUUUUCCUUUGUAUACAAAGCUCCACAUCUUCCACCAUUUAAUGGUGGAGGUGCGGCAGUCGGGAUUGCAGGUAAAAAUUGCCUGCAACCCCACUUUAUGGGGUUGCCAGCUCGAUGAAGACACGGUGGGCCGGGCCUCACGGCUAAGCCGCCGUGUCAACAUCCGUUUAGUUGCUGCUAGGUCAUUGGACCGGGUUCUUGUGUCAGCAUACACAGCCUAUGUGAAAGCGGGGCUGUUGACUUAG